CUUCACUACUUCUCAUCCCCCAGCUCACACACACCCAUAAACCUGGAAAACAACAAAUCUCGAUCUCUUCUUCUUCUUCUACGUUCAACAAGAAUCUCAAAAACUCAGAUCAAGAAGAGAUGCUGCUACGAAGCGCUUCAACGCCACUUCUCAACUCCUUGGUUCAUGUCUCGAGUCCAAGGGAAUCACCGAUCGAAGCAGCGGAAUCUGUUCAUCAGAUUCAGCGUCACAGAUCCAUAACACUCUCUGCGUCUUCUUCCUCUUCUUGUUGUUACAGCCCGAUGUCUGCACACUCUAGCGACGAAUCUGCUAGGAGGAUGAAAAGACCGGCGUCGGAGAGCGAUCUACGACAUUUGACAUCGCCGAAACCGCCGGUGAGUAGUAAGUUUUUGACCGGCGGUGGUGCUCUGAUGGAGGAUACGGAAGAAGGUAUCGGAUUUGGUCUUGGUCUUGGCCUUAUACGUACGUCGUCUUACGAUGGUGAUUUGGGGAUGAGUUGGGCUUUGGAGGAAGAUACUGAGGUUGCUGGUGGUGGUGGUGGUGGGAUGUUUCACGGCGGAGGUAAAGGGAGGAGUGGUGGUAGAUCUGAUGGUCGUGGUGGUGAUGGAGGAGAUGAUAACACAGAUGUUCACUAUCGUAAGAUGAUUGAAGCGAAUCCUGGGAAUGGGAUCUUUCUAAGCAAUUACGCUAAAUUCUUGAAGGAGGUUCGAAAAGAUUACUUGAAAGCAGAGGAGUAUUGUGGGAGAGCGAUUCUGGUGAGUCCUAAUGAUGGUAAUGUUCUAGCCAUGUACGCUGAGUUGGUUUGGAAGAUUCAUAAGGAUUCAUCUCGUGCUGAGACUUACUUCAAUCAAGCUGUAGCAGCUGCUCCUGAGGACUGUUAUGUACAAGCUUCGUAUGCUCGAUUUCUUUGGGAUGCUGAAGAGGAAGAAGAAGAGGAGAAGGAAGAGAGACAUGAUGAAGAACUUGAGCAUCAAACUUCUCGCAUGAGUUUCUUCACCGGAUCUUCUCCAAUCACGGCCAUGUCUUAAACUCUCGUGGUCGGCAUUACCAAUCCAGUCCUUUUAAUAGAUUUAGAGAAACGUGUUACCGUCUACGAUCUUAUCUAACCCUUUUGUUUAAUGUGAAUUCUUUAAUCAAGUCUCUAUGGGGGGUGUCUCGAUGCUUGGUGUUCAAAAUUGGUCUCAGUUGUAGUAAUACCGCUGGAAGUAAAAUAAGAUAUGGAAUCAAAAGUUUUGCUUUUUUGAUGGAUGUAAA